CACUAUAGUAUUAGUGAGUACGUUCUCGUCUACAGGUAAUUUGAAUCCAUUUUACUAUACGUAUUUUGGCUGGUGAUAAUUACCUUUCCAUCAUUGGUCAGGUUUCAGAGACUAUAUAUAUCAUGAUUAUGGAAAGAUUAUCUCACAUUCUCACAUUAUGGAAGGAACUUCUCGAACACUUCCUUACACCAUAAGAUUCGUUGGUCUACUUGGCAGUCAUUCUCUUGGUAGAAAUUCAAAGUUUAUGGCUACUGCAGUAGAUUUAGGAAGGGAAUUUAUAAGGCGAAAGAUUAAACUUGCCUAUGGAGGAGAUAGUGUGGGCCUUCAAGGAGCUGUUGCUUCAACAGUCUUUACCAAUGGUGGUCUCGUUAGAGGUUUCAUUCCUGGGUACAUAGCAACACGACGGGUCUACGGACCUACGUACGCGUACGGUGUAGAGCAUACAGUUUCCAGCAACUAUUACAAAUAUUUUGAGAUGAAUCAUGCCGUGGAAGCUUUCAUCAUUCUUCCCGGAGGAGUUGACACUAUGGAAGGUUUGUUCACCUUGAUCUCGUGGGCUUCUAAAGGGUUACACAAUAGACCCAUUGGUCUCUUGAACAUUGACGGUUAUUUCAAUAACCUAAUCAAGUUUCUAGAUGAUGCGGAAGAUAAUGGAAUUGGGCCUAUGGAACAAAAGCAAUGGGAGAAGAAUGAAGUUAGAACCAAGCCCAAAGUUGUAUUUGAUCCACCACCCUUUUGACCCAACCAAAUUAUUGAAGCAAGCAAAUAAAUAAAAGAGGAAGAAAAAGAAAGAACCGUAGAAGAGGAAGCAAACCAGCGCAGAAGAGAGCAGACUCCAAACGGAAGGCGCAAGAAACAGAGUCCUUCCCCAAAUCCAACGCAAAUUCCAAGAAUCCUACUCCAAAUUGAAGAUUCCAAACUUCACAAUUAUAAAAGGAGACAAAAGCCACAAGAAAAAUCAUCUCCUUCAACCCCAACUCUAGAGGGAGAUCGNAUGUUUAAGUUAUAAUAUAAGUGAUGAAUUGUU